GGCUGAUUGCGCGCGCUCGCAAGCACCUUCUCUUGCUCCUGGGAGGAAACUGUGAGGAACGACCUCCUUCGGCAGUACCUUCCCUCCCUCGGAGGUUCAGGAACGAAAAGGCGGACGGGUGCUCUCGGAGUUCUGGCGGAGACGCCCCAUGUUCAGACGUUCACACCUCAAAAUCCUGCUUAUUGGGAAUUCAGGGGUGGGCAAAUCUGCCCUGAUGAACCAGUAUGUUAACAGCCGCUUCAGUAGCCGCUUCAGAGCCACCAUUGGAGCGGACUUCCUCAGCAAGGAAGUACACAUUGAUGGCCGCACCCUGAUAGUGCAGAUCUGGGAUACAGCUGGUACAGAAAGAUUCCAGGCCCUGGGAACGGCCCUUUAUCGGGGCUCCGACUGCUGCCUGCUCGUCUUUGAUGUCACCUCCCUCUAUUCUUUUCAAGCCCUCGAGAAGUGGCACAAGCAGCUCUUGUUGCAGAUUGAGCCAGAGGAAGAACCCACUUUUCCCAUUGCCAUUAUUGGAAACAAGACUGACCUGGAGAACCGUGAGGUUUCUUCAGAGGAAGCUGAAAUGUGGAGCAGGCUUCAUGAUGCUACCUACUUUGAAACCAGUGCCAAGACAGCUGCCAACGUGCAGGAGGUGUUCGAGUGGGCCAUACGGGCUGUACUGAAGAACCGCAGGGUACCUGAAGAGCCAGAGCUCAACUCUGUUCACCUAGAGACCAAGCCGUCAGAAGGGACACACCGGGAAAGGUGUGGCUGCUGAUGAGCCCAAAUGCAGAUGGGAAGAUUUACUUUUCACUGCAGAUCUUUGACAUGAUGCAAUGAAGAAGAACAGGAAGUUACCCCAUAGUGAAGUAACAAGAUUCUGCCAACCCUGCAGCCUGGACUUUGGUAGUUGGAUCCCAUAAGAUUUGUGGCCUUCUGGAAGAGAGCCUUAUAAUGACCUAGAUUGGGUGUUGAAUAGUCUUCAAACAUAUGGAAAUAAACCUCAAUCUGAUACUUUU